AUGGCGAACGUCGAGAUUGCACUACCGCUGCCCGUCCUGCCCGAGGGCUGGGCCGGCGAGAAGGACUUCAAGGCUGCCAGCCCCCUCAGCCAGUCCACCGACCGCAACAUUGAGCCCGUGGGCCCGCACUUCCUGGCGUAUGCCCGCCGAACACGCCACAAGCGCACCUUCUCCGAGGAUGACCGCAUCCAGGCUCAAAUGAACGUCAAAAAGGUCGAGGAGGAGGACCCAGAUGAUGUUGACGAGCCAGAGACCCCGCUCUUGCUGCAGAGCCAGGCCAAGGACUGGAAAUCGCAAGACCACUACGCCGUGCUCGGCAUAACCCGCCUGCGAUACCGUGCCACCGAGGACCAGAUCAAGCGCGCCCACCGCAAGAAGGUGCUCAAGCACCACCCCGACAAGAAGGCUGCUGUGGGCGGUUCCGAGGACGACCAGUUCUUCAAGUGCAUCCAGAAGGCGACAGAAGUGCUCUCCGACCCUGUCAAGAGGAGGCAGUUCGACUCCGUCGACGAGAACGCCGAGGUCGAGCCACCGUCGAAGAAACAGACCCAGAAGGGCAACUUCUUCAAGCUUUGGAGCAAGGUGUUCGAGGCCGAGGGCCGUUUCUCCAACAACCAGCCAGUCCCCAAGCUCGGCAACGACAAGAGUUCCAAGGAGGAUGUCGAGCACUUUUACAACUUCUGGUACAACUUUGACAGCUGGCGCACCUUCGAGUACCUUGAUGAGGACGUUCCGGAUGACAACGAGAACCGCGACCAGAAGCGUCACGUGGAGCGCAAGAACCAGGCUACUCGUCGCAAGAAGAAGACCGAGGACACUGCUCGCCUGAGGCAUCUCGUCGACGACGCUCUGGCUCUCGACGAGCGUAUCAAGAAGUUCCGCCAAGCGGAGAGCGCACAGAAGAACAAGAAGCGUUUCGAGAAAGAGGCUGCUGAGAAAGCGGCCAAAGAAGAGGCGGCCAAGAAGAAGGAGGAGGAGGCCAAGGCUGCCGCAGAGAAAGAGGCUGCCGACAAGGCUGCAAAGGCCGACAACAAGAAGACAAAGGAGGCCGCUAAGAACGCUGCGAAGAAGAACAAGCGAGUUGUCCGUGGUGCGGCCAAAGACGCCAACUACUUCCAUGCUUCUGGAGACGCUCCUGCGGCUCAGGUUGAGAACGCCUUGAACGACGUCGAUCUCGUCAUCACGAAGAUUGACAACGAGGAGCUGGCCACGCUGACCAGCAAGCUCAACAACGAGAAGGACGCCAGCAAGAUCAAACAGAUCUUCCAGGAUGAGGUCCAGCGUCUCGUUGGUGCUGGCAAGCUGAGUGCGGGUGAGACAAAGUCUCUGGCUUAGAAAAGUCGACCAUUUGGCGUUGGCAUCUUCUCUAGACUUUUAGAUUUUGCGAUUCUCAUGGUGAUAAUGACAUUAUGCUUGCUCUUUAUGAGAUCGCGCAAGCCCAACUUAUCUGACUGCAACACGACC